AUUUACGAGGGAAAUUGGGGCAAACAGACAAAAGAAUCAAAACGCCGCUUGACAGUCUUUUUCUUCUGCUUCUAUCGUGUGUUGGAGUUCCUGAAUCAUGAGCUAAGCCUCUUUUUUUUAUGUUUUUCUUUAAAAAGGCUUCUCUUUCAAGGAAGAAGAGCGCUAUAAUCUCUCUCUCUCUCUCUCUCUCUCUCUUACUGAUAUCUCCGCUUAUAAAAUCCUUAAUCCCUCGAUUUCGACGUCUGUGUUUGUUUUCAAUCAACGUUUACUGCCAAAUAUCAAUUCUCUUUCGAGUUUCUUUGUUAGAUUUCGCUCGCUCUUUCAAUGGCUUCUUCUGUCACAGCCUCAAUUCAUUCUUCAAUUUGUGCUUCUCGCUUGCCUUCACUCUACUUAUCGCCUAGCAGAAUUACGCCAAAUCAUGUUUUGCUUAAAACUCGAUCACACCUCGAUACUCGCUUGGCUUUCUCUUCGUUGCCGGACAUUCCAAACUCUCCUUUGCCAGUUGAAUUCUCAAGCAAGCCGUUGAGACUCGCCGGUUGGAGUCAAACGAUUAGGCGACGAGGUUCUGUUGAACUUCCUGUCGUAAAAGCUGCAGCUGCUGAUGCCGAAGGACAUGUGGAGCCUGCUAAAAGCUUUGGCGAGAGAUUUCCUGCACUGGUUACGGGUUUCUUCUUCUUUAUGUGGUACUUCUUAAAUGUCGUCUUCAACAUUCUGAACAAGAAGGUCUAUAAUUAUUUCCCAUAUCCAUAUUUUGUAUCGGUCAUACAUCUCUUAGUUGGAGUGGCAUACUGUCUUGUUUCUUGGGCUGUUGGUCUACCAAAACGUGCACCGAUUGACAGGGACCUCCUGCUACUAUUGACUCCAGUUGCAUUCUGUCAUGCCCUUGGACAUGUAAUGUCUAAUGUGUCAUUUGCAGCUGUUGCUGUCUCUUUUACACACACCAUCAAAGCUCUAGAGCCAUUCUUCAAUGCUGCUGCUUCUCAAUUUGUCCUGGGGCAUCAAAUUCCAUUGUCCCUAUGGUUGUCAUUGGCUCCAGUAGUUAUUGGUGUAUCAAUGGCAUCAUUGACUGAACUUUCCUUCAACUGGACUGGGUUCAUAAGUGCAAUGAUUUCAAACAUUGCUUUUACCUACAGAAGUAUCUAUUCAAAAAAAGCAAUGACUGGUAUGGACAGCACAAAUGUGUAUGCUUACAUUUCAAUAAUUGCCCUCUUGUUUUGCAUCCCUCCAGCAGUACUAAUAGAGGGCCCUCAGCUGAUGCAGUAUGGUUUCAGAGGCGCAAUUGCCAAAGUGGGAUUAUUUAAGUUUGUGUCUGAUUUGUUUUGGAUUGGACUGUUUUAUCAUCUGUAUAACCAGGUUGCCACAAAUACUUUGGAACGAGUUGCACCACUUACACAUGCUGUUGGAAAUGUGUUGAAGCGAGUUUUUGUCAUUGGAUUCUCCAUUGUUGUAUUUGGCAAUAGAAUUUCCACUCAAACUGGAAUUGGUACUGCAAUAGCCAUUGCAGGUGUUGCCAUCUACUCUCUCAUAAAGGCUAACAUGGAAGAGCAAAAACGGAAGGCUGCUUUAGCUCCUGCAUCAUAAGGAAAUAUUGUGUGGGGUUCAAAUUCAAAGGGAAGUGAAAAAUUUUAAGCUCUUUGAAAUUGUUGAAAGAAUAAGAUCAGCUGACAAAGAAGGCCAUAAAAUAUUAUGGUGAUAUUUACUUUUCCAUAUUUAGAGGGUAGUAUCGGAGAGGCAAAAUGUACACAUUUUCUUUAAUACUGCAUUCUAAGGAGUUGCUGUUGCGCCAAGCAUACUUUGCUGUACCCCCGCCUACCUCUUUUUUAAUCUUCUCAAAUCUUUACCAUAUAUCUAUAGGUUCGGCUCUCCUGCGCCGCUAGUUCCUGUGCAAAUAAAUACGGCAAUUCUGAUCUUUGAUCACGACCCAGCCUAUACCUAAAGCUACAUCACAUUGACAACUUGGCAUCAGGCGUGGCAUCUUGGUAUUCUCCUGCUAAACCAAGUUCUUUUUAUUUUUUAUGUCUGAAAUUUUUGGAUGAGCGCUAUUAAAAUUUAAACCAUUGAUCUCUUACAUUACAUUAUAAAUACUCUAGUUUCGACCA